CCUUGAGGCGAAAAUGACUGAGGCCCGGGUCUGGACACCAGGGUUCCCUGCGCUGUUCUGGACUUCCUAGGGAGGUGGGGGGUGAGGCCCGGGGCUUCGGUACGAGCAAAGCUUUGGUUUGGUGGGCUCAAACGACUUCGGAUGGGGGUGGAGAUUCACUGUGGACCCUGGCAUCAGUUCAUCCAAGGCCGCUGUGACAUACCUUCUGGGCGCCUACGUUGGCUGGGCUGUCACUCCCGGGAUUAUUCACACUUUAGCCCGGCCAGCCUUCCUAAUCCAAAAGGUCCCUCCUGGAAGAAGGGGUCAACCCAUUCCGUAAGACUAGAUAGUUAUGAAGGCCCCUGGCAGUGUGGAAUUGGAUAAGAACAUGGAUUUUGGAGUGGCACAGGUCUGGUUUCCAGUCAAGGAAUCACUAUAUAUCAGCAAGCUCAGAUUCCAAAUGAAAAUGUUUGAGAGCAUUGACUCAACAACCACAAGACCUGGCCCUGAUCUUUGGGCCGAAAUCUGCUCCUGUCUACCAAAUCCUGACCAGGAAGAUGGUGCCAACAAUGCCUUCUCAGACUCCUUUAUGGAUUCUUACCCUGCGGGCACAGGCCAGAGAGAGGCCCCAGAGUUUGCUGUUCAGGCAGCUACAAAGCCUUGGGCUCCCUUGCAGGAUUCAGAAGUGUAUUUAGCAUCUCUAGAAAAGAAGCUAAGAAGAAUCAAAGGUUUAAAUCAGGAAGUGACUUCCAAGGACAUGCUUCGAACCUUGGCCCAAGCCAAGAAGGAGUGCUGGGAUCGGUUCCUCCAGGAGAAGUUAGCAUCAGAGUUCUUUGUGGAUGGACUUGAUUCUGAUGAGAGCACCUUGGAACAUUUCAAGAGGUGGCUCCAGCCAGAUAAAGUAGCCAUCAGUACAGAGGAGGUCCAGUAUCUGAUUCCUCCAGAGUCCCAGGUUGAGAAGCCAGCAGCCGGGGACAAGCCAGAGGCAGCGGAACAAUAAAUUACACACACACACACACACACACACACGCUGAGCAGCUGUCUUGGAUCCAGAGGGAACAGCGGAGAGCUCGGCGGAGCAGCAAGGAAAAAUCCAGGGAGGGGGGAAGCCCACCCUCCCACUCAACAAAGCAAACAGCUGUGGGCCCCCGAGGACUUGCUUGGGGCUGCCGUGUGUGACUGUCUUGGAUAAACUGACUGACCCAGUGCAUGAUGGAUCAAGAUACUGCUUUCCUCUGUGUCUCACAGCUUGCCUGAGCUCUGUUGCGGCAGGUGAGGAGUCCACUAAGAAUCUAGUGAAGCAGCAAGUAUGAGAGUAUUUGGAGAAACUGAUACCCUUGGGUUUAAUAUAUAAGUGAGCCAUAUUUUUGCUUGCCUCUUCUGGAUGUUCCUGCCUGCGUUCCCAGCAUUCCCUUGGUUAAUUGUCAGGGGUGAGUGGGGCCAAGGAGAAUCAAGUCGGCCUCCUUGGAUCCACAGCCCAUGUGGGGCUUCUCUAAGUUUGUAAUAAAUAUAGGGAUGUUAGGAACAGAGGCCAUGCUUUUCCUUUGGUUUGUUCCUUGUGGAGAAAAGGGACCAAAGUAUGAAAACUUGGGUGUUUGUGUGUAGAUGUAUAUUUUUGAUGUCAUGCAUGGUUCUCCCCUAACUUCCUCUUGCACUUAAAAUGGGCCAGGCUUCAAAUUAGACUUGCAAAUAUGGUGUCGGUAUUUGACACCACCCCUGAAUAGUUCCAAGCUCGCUUGUGGCGGCUUUCCUGGCCGUUCUUGUUCAGUCUGUGUUGUCCAUAUAAAACUUUUCACAUCAGAA